ACUGCUUCAGUUUCAGUCAGGGAGAAACUCAGCAGACAGCGUCUUCUCUGACGUCAGCCACGUCGGAUUUCAAUAGUCCAAGAUGGCGGAGGUGAGCGGGCUGAGGAGCAGGAAUCAGUUCGAGUCCAACUAUAAAAGCCGAGUUGCUGACGAAGGCUUUAGUGGUGUGGACGAUGUCCCUAUUUUUCGGCAUAAGAGGCCUCCUUUAGCCAGGCCCGAAGACCUGGAAGAUGAAUUACUGCCCAGGACCAUGCCCUCAAAUGUGGGCAAAAAUGCCAGCUACACCCCAUCACCAGAUGAAGACUUUCAGGAAGAAGAGGCUGUGGUAGAGGAAGAACCCAGGCCCAUCCAGAUCGUCCAGGCCAAUGAAGAUGAGCACAGCUUUGAGCUGGACGUUGCUGCACUGGAGAAGAUCCUGCUGCAGGAUCACAUAAAGGACCUGAAUGUGGUGGUUGUAUCUGUGGCCGGGGCCUUCCGCAAGGGCAAGUCCUUCCUGCUGGACUUCAUGCUGCGCUACAUGCACAGUCAGAAGAGCAGGUCAUGGAUGGGAGGUGAUGACGAGCCCCUGACAGGAUUUACCUGGAGAGGAGGCUGUGAGAGGGAGACCACAGGAAUUCAGAUCUGGAGUGAUGUGUUUGUGGUCGACAAACCAGAUGGCAGCAAGGUUGCUGUACUCCUUGUUGACACUCAGGGAGCGUUUGACAGCCAGUCCACCAUAAAGGACUGUGCUACUGUGUUCGCCCUCAGCACAAUGACCAGCUCUGUACAGGUGUACAAUCUCUCCCAGAACAUACAGGAGGACGACCUGCAGCAUCUGCAGCUCUUCACAGAAUAUGGGCGGCUGGCAAUGGAAGAGAUCUACCUGAAACCUUUCCAGUCCCUGAUGUUUCUGAUUCGUGAUUGGAGUUAUCCUUAUGAACACCACUACGGCGUGGAAGGAGGCAAUGCCUUCCUGGAGAAGAGACUACAGGUGAAGCAAAACCAACAUGAAGAGUUGCAGAAUGUGAGGAAACACAUCCACUCCUGCUUCUCCAACAUCGGCUGCUUCCUGCUGCCACAUCCUGGCCUUGAGGUGGCCACAAACCCGUGCUUUGAUGGCAGGCUGAGAGACAUCAAUGGUGAUUUUAAGAGGGAGCUGGCCAAGCUUGUGCCUCUCCUCCUGGCCCCAGAACGACUGGUGGAGAAGGAGAUCGGAGGCAACAAAGUCACCUGCAGAGAUCUCGUGGAGUACUUCAAGGCUUAUAUAAAGAUCUAUCAAGGUGAGGAACUUCCCCACCCAAAGUCUAUGCUGCAGGCAACAGCAGAAGCGAACAACUUGACUGCAGUGGCAGGANNNNUCUCUUCUGUCAGUCGCACUCUCUUCCUCUGUCACAUACAGGUCUGCGGUGGGGACAAGCCAUACAUCGCCCCAGCUGACCUGGAGCACUUUCACGAGGAGUUUCGCGAGCACUCGGUGCGGUACUUCCGCUCUGUGAAGAAAAUGGGCGGUGAGGAGUUCUGCCAACGCUACCAGAACCAGUUAGAGUCCGAGCUGGAUGAGGCCUACACCAACUUCUCCAAACACAACGACGGCAAAAACAUCUUCUAUGCAGCGCGCACACCUGCCACACUCUUUGCAGUCAUGUUUGUCACCUACGUGGUGUCUGGUGUGACGGGCUUCAUCGGUCUGAGCACCUUAGCAGCGCUGGCUAACAUGGUCAUGGGCAUGGCCCUGCUGUCACUCUGCACAUGGGCGUAUGUCAGGUAUUCUGGAGAGUUUCGGGAGCUGGGAACGCUGAUAGACCAGGUGGCCGAGACACUGUGGGAACAGGUUUUGAAGCCACUAAGUGAACAUUAUAUGGAAGACAGCGUCAGACAAACGGUGGUUAACUCUAUCAAAGCCAGCUUGGUAGAACAGGGCUCACAGCACACCAAGUUAAAGACUCACUGAUGCUCUUCCUCCUCAUCAUGUUAAUUGCCUUGCUCAAAUGCGUUCAAUCCUAGAACAAUGGAACUACAUCAACAGCAAAGCUGACCACCCCCCUUCCUGCUGCCAUGUCACUGCCCUCUUUUUAAUUUACUGUUGUGGACCUGCUAGGCUUGCUGCCUGCCCUCCUCUUCAUCACCCCAGGGCAGAAACAACACGUUUGAGAGGACUGAACAGAGAGGCCGGCAGCGUUACCUCUCGCCUAAACAGGACCUGAAGGACAGUCGUCUUCCCUUGUGUGCCAUGACGGUUAUGUAAUAUACUGUAGGCUGACACAUGUUUGCUGGUAGCAGACUGCACUCACUUCAGGACAGAUCUGUGAUUCAGGGAAAUCUGACACUGCUGCAGCCAGCUGUUACCAGACACGGAUGCAAACUGAAGCACUUUUCUCUGCAUUUUUGUUUUGUUUUUGAGGCUGACAGCUCAGAGCUCAGUUUACUUUCUCCUCAGUCCGUUUAACAUCUAUGAGCAUAGGUGGCCUAUCAAUCCAUAAAACUAAGGAGAUGAUUGUUUUAUUUCAGUAAAAUCAGGAAACAUCUCACGACUUCACUCAAGUGAAAGUAAAUUGACUACUCUCAUCCUGGUCAGCAUUUGUAUAAUCAACAUCUGGGCUCAGGUUCCUCUUGGACAAAACCUCUGUAUCUCUUUAAUAUUUUGUAGGAAGCUUUGAACCUCUGAUUUUUUUUUUUUUAAUUUUUAUUUUAGAAUAGACAAGUUUUUUUGUGGACCUUAGUGUCUUGUAGCAGACCUGCCAGUGUUUGGCCUUCUGCAUGAUGUUAGGAGCUUUUAGUCCUGCUCUAAUCAUUUUCAGCCAUGUUCUCUUCCACCACUCUCUCUGUGUCCCCACAUGUUUAUGACCUGCAGGCUGUAGUUUGGAAGUUUAAUUAAUUUCUUGCUGAGACUUGGGGAAGAUCGAUGCAAUUCAUGUUUGUAGGAUGAAUAUGAAGUUGCAGCCAGCAGCGGCUUAGCUUUGCAUAAAGAUCAGAGGGGGUAGGGUGCUAGCCUGGAUACGAACCUCUAACAGCACCUGUGAGAUUCACUAAGCAAUAUGUUUCAUCUUGUUGGUUGUUUUUUUUAUAUAUAUAUAUAUUAAACUUAUUUUGUAGAUUUAACAAAAAAGUGACUGAACAUUACAGGUGCUGUUGGCAUAAAGACUGGAAAAGGGUAAAUGCCUAAGUUAAUCAGGUGUAGCUUUAACAGACAUGAGUGGUAUCGAUCUUCUCAUCUAAUGCUCAGCAAGAAAUUGAACUGCAUCUCCCAAAAUGGUUAAUUGUUCCUUUAACUGACAAGAAAUGAUUCUUUCUGCGUAUUUUUCUUACUCUACAGCUGAAUAAAUGUACAACUUGCUUCUCAGUCAGGUGGUGAGUAACUACAUGUUUAUUUUUCCAUCACAAUGGGAACCUGACUUAAAAUGCUGUUAGAUGAAAUUAAGAAACUUGUCCCUACUUAUAUUAUAUUCAACACACUGAUAGCUGCAUCACAUUUGUCUCAGCUCUUCUGCAUGGACAGAAGUAACUGUAACUUGUCAGUGGGAGUGUCCUCAUUAAAUGCUACAUUUUCUUAAGUUUGUUGGGUUUUUUUAUGAACUUAAAGUGAAUGGUGAGGUACAUUAGUUACAGUAAUACUUUGUUUUCAUUGUGAUGUGUUGGGCCCAGUUAGCUUCACAAGUCAAAAAAGUAAUUAAAAAUUAACUAGGAACACCUGUAUACUGGAAAUGGCAGGCUUCAAUUUUAGUUUUAAUAAUGAGCUUCUCUAUGGAUUUUAGUCAGAAAUGUU